CAUAAACAAAGUUUGGGACACUGGGAGGCGCGUCCACUUUCUCCUGCGUGUUGACUUUAUUUAUUCCUGCUCGGUUCGGUUUGGGAUUUAUAACGGGAACGAGUGAAGAUGAACGAGGACGCCUAUGAGGUCCCAGAGAGGACGGAGUACCGCUACCUGGUUCAGGAGGAGGGCGAGGAGGAGGUCCAGUACGUCCGUCACAGGCAGUACAUCAGCCCCCUCAUGGUGCUGUCCCGGCGCUGCAUCUUCCUCAUCUGCCUGGCCGUGGUCGCCCUGCUCGCUCUGGCCACCUACUUGGGCUACGUGGCCCAGACGCUGCCGCCUGAAUUCGCCCAGGUGUCGACUGACUGUGGCGACUUCAGAGGGAGACACAAAAAUGGAGCGUACUCCUUUAAAGGCAUCCCCUAUGCGGCACCUCCAGUGGGCGCCCUGCGCUGGGCCCCGCCGGCCCCCCCGGCGUGCAGCGGCGAGGUCAGAGACGCGGGGCGUUUCCGCAGCAUGUGCGCUCAGGUGCGGCCGCUGUCCAGCACGGGGCGGCUGAUGGGCCAAGAGGACUGCCUCUUCAUCAACGUGUGGACGCCCACGCUGCAGCCCGGCGCCCGGCUGCCCGUCGUGGUGUGGAUCCACGGGGGCUACCUGCACAUGCUCAGCGGAAACACGCCGGGCUACUCGCCCACCGAGGAGCUGGCCGCCGACACGGGAGUGGUCUACGUGAGCUUCAACUACAGACUCAACGCCUUUGGCUUCCUGGCUCUGGAGGUGCUGAGGGAAGGGUCUCCAAGGAACACGUCGGGGAAUUAUGGCUUCCUGGACCAGAUCGCUGCUCUGCAGUGGGUGCAGAAGAACAUUCAAGCGUUCGGAGGAGAUCCUGAGAAAGUCACCAUAGUUGGACACAGCUCUGGUGGGACGUCUGUGUGGACUCUGAUGACCUCGCCGCUGGCCAAAGGUCUUUUCCAUGCGGCGGUGGACAUGAGCGGCUCGUCCGUCCAGAAAGGAACGCUGGAGGAAGUCGAGAAAAUCAACAAAGUGUUUCUGACCAAGACGGGCUGCAAAGACGCCGCCUGCCUCCGACGGCUGUCUGUCCAAAAGGUCCUGCAGGCCAUCCCGUGGAAAGAGUACCCCUACUGGGGGACGGAUGAUUUACUAGAUCUUCCCACUAAAGGGCUCUUCGUCGGCCCGGUGGUGGCGGUGGACGGCUACCUCCUGGAAGCGCCGCCCUUUGAGGUGUGGGAGAAGAAGCUGAGUCACAGCGACGUGCCGUUCCUCAUCGGGUCGACUCAGCAGGAGACGGACUUCAGUCCUCCAGCUGAAAACAUCUCUUCAUGGACCUGGGACGACUACCGCUGGUUUGUAACAGAGAAACUUUCAACCUUCAAUGAGACGCUGCCCGCUGAAGCACUGCGCUUGUACCCGACCUCGGAUCCUUGCCCCACCAAAGACCGCUGCCCCGAGAGGGCAUACACCACUAUGACCUCUGACCUCAGGGUCAGCUGUCCACUCAGCGACGUGGCCCAAAGGGCAGCAGCGGCUCUCAGUAGUCCAGUCUAUCGCUACGUCGUGACGCACACGCCAUCAGGACCCGUCAAUGCCACCAGCGACUUGCUGACGUUUCCCAGUCGCUUCUCCUUCCACUGCCUGGAUGCUGUGACGUUCUUCGGGGGUCUGCAGCCUCUUCUGGGUAAAACUUUGUCCACCGAGGAUCAGAGUUUCUGGGAUCUCUACAAACGGAACCUCCUCAGCUUCGUGAAAACAGGUAAAAUGGAUGCCGCGUGGCGGGAAUUCCCAGAAGCCACUGCUCUCCUGUCACACAACUUGACAGUGGUCCAGAGCUACUCACCUGCUCGAUGCGAUCUGUGGAAGAAGAAUGGCCUGUCUGAGUACGGGUGGAUGAACUGAUCUGGCAGCUUGAAUAGGUAAAGGUCAGGAAGCAACAAACGACAUUGGAAUGAAAGGAAAGUUCUGGUGUUUGUAAUUUAGAAGGGAAGUAUGUGGCUGCAUGUGAAAAUGGGAUCAUGCUGACCAGAGUGAUUGGUAUGGGAACUGUAUUUAAAAGCCUUAAUUUGAGUUGUGUGAAGAUUUUUUUAAGGGAUUACUUUACUUGCUUCAGGGGAUGUUUGAUAUGUGAUCAGAAAACACACGAGCUGAAUGUGUUUAACCUGUGGAGCUGAUGUGUCACAUGAUGUUUCCUUGUCCAGAUCUGCUGUUUGCACUGACUCAACCUUUGACUUUUCCCUGCCAAAUAUUUGCACUUUUCUGUGAACAUAAGCUCUCACUCCUGUAUUUGAAGUCAUAGUUGCUGAGUUAAGCCAAACUGGCCUCCUGCAUAACCGUAAGCUAUCGGACUUAUUCCACUGUUUGAAAAGCAGCUCUGCCAAUAAAAUCACCAAGUGUUUAUUUACACACGUCUUCAUGUUGAACCAAUUCCAGUUUUUCAUAUUUUGUUGGCUUUGCAAUAUAUUGUUGAUGAUUUUAACUCGGGUGUUGUGUUUUAUAUGUUGAACUUUAAAAGAGAAAUAAAUUUGCGUUUGAU